AUCGGUGUUCUCACAGCCAACACCAUGAUUAUCUGGCAAAGGAUGCCCGAAUCCAAGCUUUUGCUUAUUGGAAAAUCAGCCCGACUAGGCACAGGAGCUGGUGGUACAGACUCAGAAGCUGGUCAUAGUGGUUUUCAGUCGAUCAUAAACCCGAAUUGGGACUUCAAUCAAAUGGGCAUUGGAGGCUUAGAUAAAGAGUUCUCAGUCAUCUUCAGACGCACCUUCGCUUCACGCAUGUUCCCUCCUGAGAUCGGCAGACAAUUAGGCAAGAGAUUCGAGGUUAAAUUGUUUUGUACUUUUAUAAGUGAUGAAAGAAGCACAAGAGACCGAAUCUGA